GAAAAAGAAGAGAAGAGGCUACAGAGAAGGGCGGCGAAGCCAACUGGUGGUUAGUACAUGUGUCUGGCGGCAUCGGGGGCCGGAAACGACAAGAACCUAACUUCAUCGAAAGCAGUCGAGGAGAUCAUCAGUAAAAGCAAACUCCAUUAUUUUCUUGGUCCCUCCAAAACAAAUCGCAUUAGCUUUUUCAGGCGACCUUGGAGGCAGGCUGAGACCCCUAGCCAGCACAAAAGGCAGGAGAAACUCCCGGUCGCUUUCCACUCAUGCUGGAAAACACUGAACUUACCGGUUCCCCUCUGCCUUAAGACUGUUCUGCUUUGUAUUACUGUUACCAACAACGUAAGAAAAGGUUGGUGUGCCCAGGGACCAAUACUGAUUUUGUUCAACGGUGCAGGGUGGGUGUUGUCGAUCCAGAGAAAGGGGAUCUAUUUGGGACAUAAACGCCACUGCGUAACAGCCCACACGGUUCGUUUGUAUCUUUCUCCGUUGACGAAUCCAAAUGAGACGGCAGAGGCCUAGGUUGCCUCAGGUCUCGGGGUUCCCUCCCUCUUCGACAAAGAGCGCUGACACCAGUGCGCCUUGUUUUCUGAAGAACUGUCGCGCGAGGGAGUCAUCGCUUCUUUUCAGGUCCGCAAACGCGAGUCCCUAGAGAACCCCUUCCUAGACAACGACCUGUCCUCUGCACGUCGUGCUCUUGUUUCCGACGGAAAAGACAGAGUGCUUCGCGUCGUCGAACUCGAGUAUUUCUAGCUGGAAAAAACUGCAGCACCCCGUCCAGUGUUUCUCUGUCCAGCAGAGAAAAGCACCGCAUCCUGAUGCUCGCAAGAUCAUUCUGAAAUCACCCCGAAGCCAGGAUAUUUCCAAUUCCACUGAUCUGAAUUACGACGACGAGUUGCUCCUGCUUCUCUUAUUCCCAAGCAAACCCUGGAUGAGACCUACAGAAAAAAAUGUCCUGUCAGAAGUGCAGUCGUCGUGAAGGGUAGUUUCGUCUUUUCAAUGGGAACAACAAAAUGAGCUCUUCUCGCCGGUUGUUUUCGACCAAGAAAAAUCGUAAGACAACGGAUAGAACUACUUGACUGUAAGCAGAGGAUAUGUAACUCUAUAAUAACUGAAACCCCAGUUUGACUUGCCCCGAGUGUUGAGCUACGAAGCAACCAAGAUGAAGGGCAGUACAAACAACUGAACUCACAUCUUUUCAAUGG